AGGCGCAUUAAUCCUUUUACGACACCUUCUGCAAGUACGAACAUAUCUCUUUAUUAUCCGCUUUUUUCCCUGACAACAAGCAACUACUUCGCAGCAGAAAUUAAUGACGUAUUCGCUUGACCUUGUUCUUUUGAUUUGAGUUAUUUAUGUAAAUAUUGCACAGCAAUCUUGGAUUAUCUUCUAGCAUUCGGUAAAAACAUGUCCUUCACUGAUAGAAGCCAAUACAGCAAAAGGUAGUGAAUUGUGUGGCAUCGUAAAGAACCACUCCAGUCCCGCAAUGAACUUGGUGAGAGCUGUGGUCGUUAUAGUAUUAGUCUUACUUUCUUAUACAUCUGCUGUUGAAAUUACUGGAUUCCAACCUGCAAUUGUGCCAAUACGUUCAGUAACAACCUUAAGCGUUGCAACUGCUGGUCAACUGAACCCAAAUUCAACCAUUCAAUGUCGAUUCAAUGAUAUAUCGAUGCCAGCAGRAGUAAAAGGCUCUAUGUUGUUUUGUAAUACCCCACCGAUGAGACAGAUUGACAAAGCCGUGUUACAUCUGGAAGURGACGGGAAGCUUUUUAAAGCAAAGAAACAACUUCGACUUCACGAGCCUUUCAAGGURACUGGCAUUUCUCCAAAGAUCGCUUCCCCGUCUGAACAGCUCGCUAUCAAGGUCAGCGGCAUUACCUGUGAGAAGUGGAUGACAUUUUUCGUUAGGUUCCAGACUGCUAACGGAACAAAAAGAACUCGGAAAGGAAUCUGUAAUAACUCAAMGGUCACGUGUUAUAUUCCUGAAUUUCCCGCGCAUGCUCUUUUACGUGUUGGUGUGACGCUGAGCAAUAGAAUCGUAGAAUGGUCUCCGACAAAGCUACGUAUACAAUAUCCAGUUGACUCGAUAAAGAGCUCACUAAAAGACUUACAACCUAAUAUCAAACGAAGUGGAGCAUUUACAUUCAAAGUCGCUCUAAAAGACAAGUUCCAAAAUCCAGUCUCUGAUCCAGGAAACCCUGGUUCUGACAUCCCAUUGUCUGUUCAAUAUUCUCCUUCUACACAUCCAAAAGAGCUCCACUUUCUCCCUUGUGAAAUGUCUCUUACCACGGAUAAAGUUGGUAGUGAAUAUGGAGUUAGUUGCCAUGGUGCUAAGCAAGAAAGAAUUCUUAUUUAUCCAUCAAUCAAUAACGUGCCGGUGGGAGGCACAGCUUCUUAUGAAGUGAAAACCACCUUGUGUCCUGGAAAGACCAGUUGUGAUGAUAAUUCAACUCUAAUCAUCAUAGUUUCCAGUUCUCUGGGGAUAGUGCUUGUAGUAAUUCUCGGURCUCUGAUCUACAAAUAUCGAUAUACAUUCCAUCGGAUAUUUGUGCCCAGUGAAGGAAGCCAUCCUGAUGACACAUCGAUGGAACUAAAUGAGUGUCAAGGAAAUCAGAUGUUAAUGAUGUUAACGACUGAGCUUGAGCUUGAAGAAAAAUUCUAAUGCACUUGGCUUUUUCUUAUCGAAAGGGAUUUUAAAGUAUCAACGCAUUCCUUGCCACCAAAAAAACCCUAUAAAUUUUGUAGUGAUUAUUAUACGUUCUUCUAUCAACUAUUCAUUUUAAUUUGUAGGCAUUUCAUAGGCCAAAUAAAACAAAAAACAAAAAAACAAAAAAAAAAACACCGCUGUUUUCAUUGCUAUGCACUGAUCGAGACAAUAAGUCGCGGCAAGGAAGUGGGGGCAAUACACUUCCGUCAAUCAAAUAAAUCGUUAGAGUAGCUCACGUUGUCAGCCUAUAUUAGCCUAUUUUAUAUAACUUUAAAGCAAAACAAUACUUGACUGCGAUCUCAACUUAUAAUAGCAAUACUUAGACCAAUGGUAUUGCUAGUUUUCAUAGAUGUAAUGUGGGAUCAUUUUUUAAGAAAGAUUUACAUUGGCUUUAUGUUUUUGAAACGACACGGCCAAGUCAUUCUGUAGUAAUUUCCCUAGGGAAUGAUGGCAGACUGCUCAAUAGCACGUGUCGGCAGCCAUGUUAGAUGGCAGGAACAAUACAAUCGUUUUACAUGAAAAAUAAUUCAAUUCCCGAGAGCAAGGGGAUUUUAUUGUUCUGGCAUCCAACCACAGGCUGCCGGCACGUGAUUGGGUUGUUUGGUAGUUCUAAGUGCGCAGAUUAUCUUAACACUUGAAAAAGGAAGACACUCAUGUACCUCUUUAUAAUUUUUAUAUGAUUUUCCUGUAACACAUAUAUUUCAUCAGAACAUAAACUACAUGCAUAUCAAUAUAGAGCGAAGUCAUUAAACCUGUGAAAUAGAUAUAAGACUAAUACCCAUUAAUAGACCCUAAUAUCAUUUAUUUCUUCUGUACGUGUCUAUUUGACUAUUACACGUUAACUAGUAUUUUUUAUUUAUUUCACGGGUUAAAAGCCUUCACUCUACUAGACCCUAAUUCCAUUGUUUUCUUUCGUGUCUAUUUGACUAUUACACGUUGACUAGUAUUUUUUAUUUCACGAGUUAAGUGCCUUCACUCUACUAGACCCUAAUUCCAUUGUUUUCUUUUGUGYCUAUUUGACUAGAGUGAAGUCACUAAACCCGUGCAAUAGAUAUUAGACUAAUACACAUUAGUAGACCCUAAUUACAUUGUUUUCUUUAGUGCC